CAAGGCGGAAGAGGAGGGCGAAGGGAGGCGAGGAGUAGCCAGGGCUCUGCGCUCAUUUCCUGAGGGUGGGUGUGCGUGUUCCUGUGCUUGGAGAGGGGGGUUUGACCCCAUUCUCCAUUCCCUGGAGCCCAGCGUGGAAGGGGAGGGAAGGAGAGGAAAGGGGGGCAGAGCCGGGGAAAGCCGGAUUGAGGCUUCCACCCAGCAAGCUCCCCAGCUCUUUCCAUCCAAGCUACCUGGUUCCAAAGGAGACACUGCACUGAGCACUGAAUAACAGGAGACAAUUGUCCAUACAUUUAGGCUCUAGACAACAAUCACAGUCUGCCUCCUGUAAUAGAAGUAGACUCCAAAAUGGCUGCCGAGCCAGGUGGGCCACUCACUUGGGUUCUCACGUUCCCUCCGCCAGUGGAACCCGGUGCCCAGUUGAGUGUGGGAAUGGAGGAGAGUUCACCUCCUGUUAGUGGUGUUAAGGAAAUCUUAAAGCGCUCAAGAUCUCGGAAAGACCGGAAGGGCCUCAGUGAAACCGGUAUGGCACCCCAGUGUUGGGAGGUUCGCCAACAAAUGCUCCUGCCCACACCAGAGAAUGAGGAGACUGACAAUAAAAAAUCUGGAGAGAUCCUGGAGGAUGAUAUUGAGACUUGUGUGGUCUCUUUUGAAGAUGCCUCCGAUCCCAAAGAAGAAAGGGGGACUAAAACAGAAGUGAUUGUUGGGCCCAAUUGUGUAAUUACUAUUGAAGAAGAAGAGGUUGGUCUUGGAGAUCGGGAUUCGCGAAAACCCGAUGCUGUGUCAGAAGAUAACAUUGAGGCCUGUGUGGUACGCCCUAAAGAAGUCAGUGGCAUCAAGAAAAAGGAAAUACAACCUAUGGUCAUAGAUGGAGGUAGCAUUGAGGACUUUGUGGGGUCCCUUGAGGACUUGGGCCUCCCCAGAAUAGAUAAGGCCACUCAGACUGAUAUUAUGGAGGAGGCCAUCUCUAAGGUCUAUGAGGCUUCCAGCCAGAAAGCAACUCACUCAAAAGAAGAGCUGAAAGGACUUGAGAAGAAUAACCAGACUGGUGUGUGUUCUCCAGAAAAGUCAACGGACUCUAAAGGAGAAGAAGAAACCCUUCCUGAGAAAGAGACGCAAGGGUUUUGUAAGUAUCUGGAAGCUGGAGACAAAGGAGGAGAUGUGAAAACGGAGCCGGCCAUCUUUGAAGAAGGUGGAAUUGUCAUGGAGACGGCGCGCCAAGGUUUUCGGUGGUUCCGCUACCCAGAAGCUGAGGGUCCGAGAAACACUUAUGAGCAAUUGCGGGCGCUUUGCCACCUUUGGCUGAAGCCAGAGAGACGUACCAAGGAACAGAUUUUGGAACUGCUGGUUCUGGAGCAAUUUUUGGCCAUUUUGCCUCAAGAGAUACAGACCUGGGUCUGGCAGCAGCAUCCGGGGACUUGUGCUCAAGCUGUUGACCUAGUGGAAAACUUCAUGACGGGGCUUUCUCUGCUUAAGAGACAUGGAGAAAUGGCACUGGUGACUUUUGAAGAAGUGGCUGUGUCUUUCUCUGAGGAAGAGUGGAGACUCCUCAGCAAAGCCCAGAGGAAGACCUACCAGGAGGUCAUGCUUGAGAAUUACGAGAAUGUCAAGUCACUGGGUUUUCCAGUUCUCAAGCCAGACCUGAUUGUCAAAAUGGAGAGCGGCAGGAACCAGGACCUGUAUUUACGAGAUCCUAAGAAUUUUUCAGAAAGGCCACCCCUGGGAGUUGUAGGAGAUGCUGUGCUCUUGAGUGAGUCCAAAUGUGAGGUGGCAACCUGGAAGGAAGAGGAAACUACUGAUAGGAUGGCGUCUAUGCUGGGACCCCCAAGCCCCCUCAAAGGCUGGGAGGCCACGGUCCAAAGUAGCCCUCCCAGCAAGCAAGAGAACCAAACCCGCUGGCUGCGGACGGGGCCACGCUUUGCCUGCCCUGACUGUGACAAGACCUUCCCUUGGCAGUCGGCCUUGACUCGGCACCAGCUCUCGCACUCUGGGGAGAAACCUUUCUGCUGCCCAGAUUGCCCCAAGAGCUUUGAUCGGCACUCCACUAUGGUCCGGCAUCAGCAAGUCCAUACCAGGGAGCUCUGCCGCAAGUGCAAGGAAUGUGGAAAGAUAUUCUCCGACCGCUACAAACUGGCCCGUCACCAGAAGAUCCACUCUAAGAAGCAGCCUUACCGCUGCGAGAUUUGUGGCCGCGGCUUCAGCCUCAGCUCCAGCCUGCAGCAGCACCGGAGGGUGCAUACAGGCGCGCGGCCCCAUGAGUGCCCAGAGUGCGGACGCUUCUUCAGUCGCCGCUCCAACCUCAACCAGCACCUCCGGGUUCACCAAGGUAAACGUCCAUAUCCCUGCAGCGAGUGUGGAAAGGCCUUCAGUCAGUGGUCCAAGCUGGUGCGCCACAGGCGUAUCCACACAGGAGAGCGCCCCAACACCUGCACUGAUUGCGGCAAGUCUUUUACGCAAAGCUCCCACCUUGUCCAGCACCGGCGGACCCAUACAGGCGAGAAACCCUAUGUCUGUGGUGACUGUGGCAAGGCCUUUUCCUGGAGCUCUAACUUGGCUCAGCACCAGCGCACUCACACGGGGGAGAAGCCCUACGUCUGCCGGGAGUGCGGCAAAGCCUUCUCUCAGAGCACCAACCUCAUCAAGCACCAGCGUAGCCACACUGGCGAGAAGCCCUACCGCUGCCCUGAGUGCCCCAAAAGCUUCUACCGCUCUUCGGACCUCAUCCAGCAUCAGAUAACGCACACAGGUGAGCGCCCCUUCAAGUGCGAUGAGUGUGGCAAGGGGUUCACCCAGAGUGCUAACUUGGUCAAGCACCAGAAGAUCCAUGCUGGGGAGAAGCCCUUCCGGUGCAACGACUGUGGCAAGACCUUCAUCCAAAGCUCUGAGCUCAUCCAGCACCAGCGCACCCACUCAGGAGAGAAACCCUACCAGUGCCAGGAGUGUGGCAAACGCUUUGGCCAUGGGGCCACCCUAGUCAAGCACCAGCGGCUCCACAUGGGGGUAGAGCCAUACCGCUGUGGCGAUUGUGGCAAGACCUUUGGACUCAGCUCGGCCCUGGAGCGCCACCAGAGGUGCCACAGUGAGAGUCGCCCAUACGCUUGCACUGAGUGUGGCCAAAGCUUCUCCUUGGCCUCCAACCUCACCCUCCAUUCCCGCAUCCAUCGAGGUGAGAAGCCCUACCGAUGCGCCGACUGUGGCAAGUGCUUUGGCAUGAGCUCCACCCUCAUCCGCCACCAGCGCAUCCACACGGGCGAGAAGCCAUAUGCAUGCCUUGACUGUGGCAAGGCCUUUGUCCGCAGCUCGCACCUCACUCAGCAUCGCCGGACGCACACCGGCGAGCGGCCAUACCACUGUGAGGAGUGUGGCCGCCGCUUCUCCCAGAGCUCCAACCUCAUUACCCACCAGCGCAUCCACAUGGAGGAACGACCUCACGUCUGCCAUGGUUGUGGGCAGCGGUUUGCGCAGGAGGAGGAACUGAAGUGCCACCAGAAGGAGGAGAAGGGAAAGUGCACCAUGGAGAGAGGAGACUCUCAAGAGAUAGCAGGCGACACAUGUGGGAAGAGUGGCAAGGAUGACCAUGCGGUGGCAUUUUGUCAAGAGGGCAGUGUGCUCUGUACUGUAUGUGGGUUGGACUGCAAAGACGCUGUUGAACUGGAGCAGCAUCAAGAGAGCCAUGCCUCCCAUUUAUGUAACCUUUGUGGGAAGACCUUCCAAGACAGUGCAGGUUUAGUGCACCAUCGAGAAAGUCAUACAUCUUAUAUCUGCACCGAAUGUGGGAGAACCUUUAGUGAUGCACACACCUUGGUCUGCCAUCAAGAGACACACGAAUCAUGGAUUUGUGGCAUAUGUGGGCAGAACUGCAAGGAUAGGUUGGCUUUGGUGCACCAUGAGGAAACCCAUUCCAUGCCCAACUGUGGGAGUUUAGUCAAAAGCAAGGUCUGUACACUGCACAACAAGAAAAAGGGGUGCUUCAAGGAGAAUCCAAAGCUUAUGCUUGACCAGAAAUCUGUGGAUCUUACACAAAGCAACUCCCAGGAAAGUGUUGCAGCUGGAGCAUUCCUGGUGCAGCAUCAGGAAACACAAGAAGCUUGGAUUUGUCUGGAAUGUGGAGAGGAUUGCCAGGAUAGGUUGGCACUGGUGGAUCACUGCCGGAGCCAUGGGAGAUCCCACUCAUGCAGUAAACGCACAGAUCUGUGCCACCACCAACUCACCCGUUUGAAGGGAAAAUUGUACAAAUGCUUCAAGUGUGAUCAGAGCUUUGGAAGCAUCUUGGAUUUUACUCAACACCAGGAAGAACACACUGGUAAGAAAGCACACCAGCGUGCCAAGCGUAGACAAGAUCUUGUGGACACCACAACCCCUAAACUCCACCAAAACAGUCACAAAGGGGAGAAAGCAGAUGAAUGUCUUGAACCUGAAGACUCUUUGGACACUGACUCAGAUUUUGUCCUGAGCCAGAAGAAUCACAGAAAGAGGUUAAGCCCAAUAAUCUUGCCCAAUGAUGAACCCUCCACUGAAAAUUCAGUUCCUAGCUCUCGUCAGAUCAUCUCACUCGAAAGCCAGCCAUUUCGGAGUCACUCAAGUUUCACUGCAUGUCAAGGAAUCCCCCCAGAAGACAAGGAGCCUUUGUGUGGACCUCACAAGGACAGCUCCGUUCUUACAUCCCAACAGGAAGCUCACCAAGGGGACAAGCGAGAGGUCUCCCCUGCCACUCCCCCACCUAAAAGAACCCCUGCUCCGGUUUCCACUGAAAUGGCUGCCCUCAUCCGGCAUCCCAGUCCCAAGCCCUACAAGUGUCACAACUGCGAGUGGAGCUUUGUAGAUGCCGUCGGCUUGUCCCAACAUCAAACUGACCACACGAAGGAACGGCUCCCAAAACGUCCUGAGUGUGGUAAAGACUUCCCAGAAAGGCUGGCUUUGAUCCGCCACCAACACGCUGCAGAGAAAGCCAAGGCCAACCAGCCAGCUCUGCCGACAAAAAGCAAUCGCAACAAGGAGAGGGACCAGGGGAGUUCUCUGGAAUUUGGGGAGAGUUUCACAGAGAUCUCAGCCAUCCUUUUGCAGAGGGGGGAUCAUGCCACCAAAAGGGGCAGUCGGCAUCAGCUGAAGAAGCAUGGGACAUGCUCAGGAGAUGCGCUGGAGCCCUACUUCCAACUUGGUUUGGGCAAAAAUUCCAGCACGGGAGGCGGGUUGGCCCAGCGCCAUGCACAGCAGGACAAAGGGAAAUACUUUGCAUUUUCGGGACCUACGAAGAUCUCUAGGAAUAGCUCAAUAUUGUUACAGCAUCUCCAAAACCACACAGCAGAGAAACAGUGACACCCAGAAAAUGUGGGAUAUGUGUCAGUUCCAGAGAGAUAGUGGGUAGGGCCCACGACUCUGUCUUUCCUCGCUGCUCAGGGUGUGUUAAGUCCGGGGACAGAUCAAUGGAGCUUUUAGGCCUGCUAAGUCUGGAGAGGUAGAGGAGAUAUUAGCAGACAUUAUUAUUAGAUUGGGGAGUGCAGAUUAACAGAAUGAAGCAGAAUGUGUAGCAAAUGGUGCAGAAUGAGAAACCCUUUCUUUACAAGCAAAAUAUAAUGUAUGUCCCUCAGUUCAGACACUUUUUAAAAAUUUCUUCCCACAUUCUCUUUCUCUCUGGGCCCAAAACAUACCUUAGGGCAGUGUUUCUCAAUCUUCUGAAUGCCGCGACCCCUUAAUACAGUUCCUCAUGUUGUGCUGACCACCAACCAUAACAUUAUUUUUGUUGCUUUUUCAUAACUGUAAUUUUGCUAUUGUUAUGAAUAGUAAUGUAAAUAUCUGAUAUGCA